AUGGAUGCUGAAUCUUCCUCGUCCUUAGAGUUGCCACAUCUGUGCCGUCAAUUUACGAUUUCUGAGAUUCACUCAGCAACCCAAAACUUUGAUAAGUCACUAGAAAUCGGGCGAGGGGGGUUCGGCAUAGUUUACAAAGGAACCAUCACUAAUGGGGUAACUCGUUUGGUUGCCGCCAUUAAGCGUCUGGAUUCAAAGUCUAAUCAAGGAGCAGCAGAGUUCUGGAAUGAAGUUCAAAUGCUUUCUAAGUUAAGGCACUGUCACCUGGUCUCUUUGAUUGAUGACAGCUGGGCUGCUAAGAUUUCAGAUUUUGGGUUGUCCAAACUAGGUCCCAUAAAUCAACCCUCCACUUAUGUCAACACUUUUGUGAAAGGCACUUUUGGAUACCUCGAUCCAGACUACUUUGCAACUGGUAGGCUGACGAGAAAGUCUGAUGUGUAUGCGUUUGGGGUAGUAUUAUUUGAAGCCCUGAGUGGAAAACAAGCAGUGGACAAAAGUCUUGAUGAGGAGCAUUGGGGUUUAGUAAAUUGGGCUCAAGAAUCUAUCAAAGAAGAUCGAUGUUUACAUAGCAAUCCAAAGCAACGACCUACAAUGGCCGAGGUUGUGGUCUGUCUUGAGUCUGUAUUAACCUUACAGGAAAAAGCCAAUCACACAUUGCAGCCUUCGGCUUUGAGAAUAUUUGGUAAUAAGGUGCCAAAGCUUCUGUCUUGGUCCAAUGGGGAAAAAUCUGUUGGGAGUAAAACAUCUUUGGAGUUAUACUUUGAUUCUAUUGGAGGUGAAAACAGAAUAUUACGUAGGUUUGAGUUUGGAACUAUCAAUUCUGCAACUGAGAACUUCUCUGAGAAUAAUAAAAGUUCACAAUGGGAGGAUGGUUCCAUGUACAGGGGAAGUCUACAAAAUGGACUGGAGGUAUCAAUUGCCAGACAUAAUUCUGAAUCUGGAUCCCAAGAGUAUAAAAAUGAAGCUGCGUUACUGGUAAAACUUGAGCAUGAGAAUUUGCUCAAGCUGCUUGGAUAUUGCAUUGAAGAAACACAAGUAUUCCUUGUCUAUGAGUUUGCACUAUGUAAAAGUCUAGAUCACUUCCUAUUUGAUCGUGGAUGUACUCUUUUGGACUGGAAUAAGCGAGAAAAAGUAAUAUUGGCUGUUGCUAGGGUACUUGUAUACCUUCACCAGCAUGAUGUCGUACACAGCAAUGUCAAACCUCGAAACAUUCUUUUAGAUGAAAGUUUCCACCCUAAACUAUCAGAUUUUGGGGUUGCAAGAUUUUUGCCUAUAAAGGAGGUUGAUUGCGUCCAAGUGGAUGCAAUACAUCAGGCUAAUCAGCUGUCAACUAAGGAUGAUGUGUAUGGAUUUGGUAUGUUAAUUUUGGAAAUGAUGAUCGGGUAUAAUAAAGACUUUUUUGAAGGACUACAAACUGCUUGGAGGGAUUGGUGGUCAGGAAAAGAUGGAAAUAUAAUUGAUCCUAGAAUUCAAGCAAAUUCAAUCAUUACAACAAGAUGCAUCCUCAUUGGGCUGAUGUGUAUUUCAAGUGAUGCAGCUGACAGACCAACAAUGGAGGAAGUUGUUGCCAUGCUGACCAACAGGAAUCUCCCUAUACCAAAACCAUUUAUGCCAACAUGGAUUACACAAAAUGGGAGAGUUGGGAUUACAAGAUAUUUGGAGGUAUACUUUGAUAGUAUUGGAGGUGAAAACAGAAUAUUACACAGGUUUGAGUUCAGAAUCAUCAAUGUUGCAACUGAGAACUUCUCUGAGAAUAAUAAAAUUUCACGUUGGGGUUAUCAUGGUUUCACCGUCUACAAGGGAACACUACAAAAUGGACAAGAUGUAUCAAUUGCCAGACAUAAUCCUAAAUUUGGUUCCCAAUACUAUACAAAUGAAGUGGCAUUGCUGCUAAAACUUGAGCAUGAGAAUUUGCUCAAGUUGCUUGGAUAUUCCACUGGAGAACUAGAAGUAUUCCUUGUCUAUGAGUUUGCAGUGUGUGGAAGUCUAGAUCACAUGCUAUUUGAUAUGAAUUUUAUUUUUUGA